AUGUUUUUAGCUGCCGCGAAGUCGGAUGUUGCCGCUGUCGGAUGUUUCUUCAUGAAGGCUGAAUUUCCGAAGCAGCAACAACAACACAAGCCAUCCGAUGCCCAUUUGAAUACGUUGAGUGUUUUUGCCACAAAUUAUGACAUCAUUAAUCAAAAUAGCAAUCACAACAACAACAAUGAACAAUUUAAACCCUCCUAUAAGCUACCCGAUGUCGAGACCAAUUUUACACCCAUACAAAAUGGUAACAGCAUUGCUCCCCCAGAUUAUCUGAAUGCAGGUCCCGUAUUGGCUGGUGCUGGUCCUUCGCCGGUCCUCAUGCAAUACCUGCCGCAAACCAUAAAUGAUGGUGGUGUACAAUAUCUCCAGCUGAUGGUACCAAUUGGUCCAUAUUUGGGUGCUGCGAAUGCAGGAUAUGGUCCUGCCCUAAGUGCUCCACAACACUCCUUUGAUUAUGCAGCCCGGCCGACAACAAUGCUCUCUGCCAUGCCGGUUAAUAUGCCACCACCAGCACCCACCCCAUUGGUGGAGGUGCCAUCUCCACCCCUACCCACCUAUGGUAUACAAUCAUAUGCUGCCAAUUUGCAGCCUUACAAACAGAAUUAUCGUACAAAUCGGGAGACGAAAGAUCGUCAGAACUUGAGUGGUCUAAGUUUGAAUAUGAAUGAAUAUAUUCCGGUGCCAUCGCAGCAGGGGUCGGGGCAGCAGCAACAGGCACAACCGGCAUUUGCCAGGGGAAGGCCAUAG